AUGGGGAAGACGCCCUCGAAGGAGAAGGAGGCGGAUGGAAGCCCCCGGAAGAAAGCUCCGCGGGUGGACGACCCGGCUCUGAUUACGGCGUCGGCACCGAGCCCGACGGGGAAGACGCCGCCGAAGAGGGAGGAGGCGGAGGAGAGCCCGCGGAAGAAAGCUGCGCGGCUGGGCGACGCGGCUCUGGCUACGGUUCCUGUGGCGUCGGCAUCGAGCCCGACGGGGAAGACUCCGCCAAAGGGGGAGGAGGCGGAGGAGAGCCCGCGGAAGAAAGCUCCGCGUCUGGGCGACGCGGCUCUGGCUACGGGUCCUGGGGCGUCGGAGCCGAACCCGACGGGGGAGGCGCCGCCGAAGGGUGAGGCGGAGGGAAGCCCGCCGAAGAGAUCUCGAAGCCCGCGGAAUAAAUUUCCGCGGCGGCAGGGCAAAUGGCCCGCGGCGGCUCUGCCUCUGCCUACGGUUCCUGAGUCGUCGGAGCUGAUCGUGGAAGUGGCGGGGCGGGCCAGCGAUGAGAAGCGGUGCAAGUGCAAUCACGUCAUCGCUUACAGUGCUAUCGAGGAAUUGGUUGAAUCGCUCGAUUCCAAGGACGCAUGGACUUGCUGUGGUUGUCGGGACGAAGACAAGAAUGGGAUCGUCAAAACCAGGCCCGCGAAGAGAGAUCUCUUGAUCUGCGUGACAUGCUAUGACCAUCUCUGCUGCGGGGUUGGGUCAAUUGCUUACCCGUUUGGGCACUCUCGAGCACACGCCCUGAAGGAGAAGCACUGGUUUGCUGUUCUGUACUGUGAUCCAGAAAGAGGAUACUGCUUCAAGUGUAACGCUGAGGUGCCAAUGCCGGUCAAAUUUGGGGAAGGUGACAACGAGGUUGGUGUUCAAGUGAUCCGCUCUAUUGUCAGUCGAAAGUUACUGGCUCCCACGCCAUCUGUUGGUCAAACUGAGGUGGAGGUCAAUCCAAAGAAGGUGGAAAUGACGGGCAAAGUUCAGGCAGAAAGCCAUCCAUCUGGGUUUGGUGUGGAUCUUUCAGACAAAUGGCCUAGCUAUGAGCCCAGAUCAUCUAAUGCGCAAGGCUAUGCUAUCAGAGGGAUACCAAAUCUCGGAAACACAUGCUACAUGAGUGCAGUAUUGCAGUGCCUAUUUGUGCUUGGUAAGCUGCGAGAAAGGAUGUUAGCAUUGGAUCGUCCAAAAAGUCCCCUUGCCAAGGUACUGAAGAAGCUUUUUCUGGAGGCAAAUGCUGCAGGAGACGUGCUGAACCCAAAGGAAGUUUCGAAAUGUGUACACAGGCACAGUGCGCCGCGAUUCAGAAUUGGGACUAUGGAAGACAGCCACGAAUUUCUUGUGGCCUUGCGCAAUAUUUGGAAUGAAGGUGAGGAGAUUGAUAACAGGCAAAGUGAUGCCCCUACAGUGAUUGAUUUCAUUUUUAGGUUUAAGAUGCUUCAGACACUAUCCUGCAAAAAAUGUGGUCAUUCGUCUCCGACAUCCAAUUUUUUCUGGGACCUGACAAUGCAUUUCCCAUCAAAGUGGCAUCCAACCAAAAGUGCUGCAUCACCACAAACAAGCGAGAGUCCCAGAUCUCGAAAGAGGGAGAUUGCUGUUCAAUUAUUUCCAGCAGAUGUGCAGAGAAACUUGGAAAAGAUGCAAACAGUUUCUGAAAGUGGUUAUUCUCGUGCUAUUGGUUCAGAGGUGACUGUGGAGGAAACACAUAAACCUUUGGAAGUUGAUUCUACUCAAGCGCAAUGUAUCAGUCAAAGCAAGGAUGUUGUACAGAGUCCUUUGCAGAUUCAGGAGGGCAAGUCUGUUGAUUCACUGACAGAAGAUUCAAUAUCGAUUGAAGACUUCUUAUUGCUGUUUUCUGAAGGUCAGGUAAAAUGGCGCUGUCCUAAUUGUGCCAAGGAUCAUGAGGAGCCAAGUGCCAGUCAAAGUAAAAAUGGCGAGCAGAUAGUGGGAAGCGGCAAUGAAGAUGAUGUUGGAGAUACUGUUAAGAUUUAUCGUUUUACCACGCUUCCACCUGUAUUAGCUCUUCACCUUAAUAGAACUUCUCACCUUAAGGGAACUGAUGGGAUCAAAAUAAGUGGCCAUGUGAGAUUUAUGGAAUACCUUGAUGUAAAGCGAUUCAUGGACCCCAGCUCUGUCGACAAAGGUAGCACCCUCUAUCGUCUAGCUGGUGUUGUAGAGCACAUUGGCAAGGGAUCCUUGAAGGCGAAGGACUCACACUACAUUGCGUACGUUAGAGCAAGAAGGCUUGGAAAUCAGCAAGAGGGUAGCAGCUGUUCUUCCUCAUGGUUUCGUGCAGACGACCGUUGGAUCAGACAAGUCACUCUUGAACAAGUUCUCAACUGUGAGGCCUAUAUUCUUUUCUGUGAGAGGAUGGAAGACCAAGACAUUUCUGGCAUAAGACGUCGAACUAAAGAAUGCAGUAAUAGAACAAGCAGAUGA